UGCUGACAGACUGAGUUGGGGUGUCACCUAGUGGGAAAAAUAUAUCAUAGCAAAUAGAACUUACUCACACAGCCACACUUGUGUGUACACUGUACACAAAGGUAUAUGAAGUUAUGUGUCGCUCACAAUGAAUUACUUUGACUAAACAUACAUUAUUGUACAUUAUAAGACACAUUAUAAGACACGUUAACGUUGACAGUUGCGUGCGCCAGUGAAUCCCGGUUCCAGUCGAACCAGGUGUGUGAUAGGUCGAACUCAAUCAGCGGAAGUACUUACACCUGUGGUGGCGUUUCCCGCGGUUCUCUCACCAAACCUGGAAGCUCGAGUCCGAGGAUGCAGCGAAUCCCUCAGACACCGUCCUCUUCUUGGUGGAUUAUCGUCCUCGUCUCCGUGUCUACGCUCACGGAGAGCCGGUUGGCGCACAGCCGAGGCCCCAGCUCGGCCAGCGGCCCGGCCUGGACACGCGGCGACACGCGGCCCUCAAGACGGCCGCAAAGCGCGGAGCUCGACCUGCGGCCUCGGCCUGUGGCGGUCAAGUGCCACCCGGACUCGAUGGAGGUGGUGGUGCAGGCCGACAUGUUUGACACGGGCCUGCGGGUGGACGGCGAACAUCUGCGCCUGGGCCCGGACCCGGUCGCCGAAGAGAGCGCGUGCAGGGCGGUGCCGUCAGGAGAGGCUGAGUUCACCAUCCGGGCCCACCUGAUGGACUGUGGCACCACACUCUCGUCCACCAUAGAGAAUAUCAUCUAUUCCACUGUUCUCGUCUACUCACCUGAAGCUUCAUCUGAUGGUUUGCUUAGAUUGGAUGGAGCAACAAUUCCAGUUGAAUGCCAUUAUGAAAAGAAGUACACUGUGGAUAGCUUUUCUCUGCAUCCCACCUGGGUUCCCCUCGUCUCCACGACCUCGGCUGAGGACCAAAUAGAUUUCAAUUUGCAAAUCAUGACUGAUGACUGGCAGUUUGAGAGGGAAUCUUAUUCGUAUUACCUGGGUGACCCCAUUCAUUUUGAAGUAUCUGCCAUCAUUCGUAACCAUGUGCCCCUGCGAGUCUAUGUUGACCACUGUGUUGCCACAGCGACUCCUGAUGCAGAGGCAACUGUGAAAUAUGACUUUAUUGAGCAUUAUGGAUGUCUUACUGAUGCUUACCUGACAAACUCCAGCUCCCGUUUCCUACCAAGAGUUGAGGAGCACAAGCUCAGAUUUCAGCUGGAUGCCUUCAGGUUUUACCAAGAGCCCAGAAACCAGGUCUACAUAUCCUGCUACGUGAAGGCUGUUCCACUCACAACAGUCGGCUCACAAAACAGGGCCUGCUCUUUAAUUGAGAAAAGAUGGCGGUCCAUUGAUGGGAAUGAUCAGGCAUGUAGAAGCUGCGAAAUCUCGAAUCAGUUUGAGGAGCCUCCACCCACAGAACACCCUAUGGUCAGCUCCGAAGCCUGGUCCGCCAAGAUCUCACAGGAAACUUUAGUCCAUAACAGACCCGAACAUCUUCCAGCCAGUUAUAUCAGUUUCCGACCAGGAAUGCAUCAGAGCCAACACAACAAACCUCAUCAGUCCUUUGCUAGAUUAAUGAAGAGAGGAACAGAGUACCAAGUAGAGAGAACUAUGCAGCUGGGACCCCUCACUGUCCUCCCACCCAGCAAAUCUGCAUCGAGGUCAACAGAUUCUAGAACUGUGCUUUCACCAAAGAACAAGACCACCUGAGACUUUGGACAACACAAUGGAAAGUGCUUAUUUAAAAAAAAAAAAAGAGAUGAGGACAGAAAAAUAACAGACAAACUUUCUAGACACCAGUGACAAACCCUGAAAUUAAUCUCAUCAUUCUACUUUCACCUCACGUGAAAUAAUUUUUUCCUGUGAAGUCCGUCAUUCUUUUCAGAGAAGCAAUACUUGUUUACUUAUUUUGUACUUUGAAAAUUAUUUUUGUUACAUUUGUCUUUUCUGUAUAAAUUUCAGGCCUUUUUUUCUCAUAAACUAUUUGACCACA